AAGCAUCAUGUCAUUUUGAGUUCCUCAAGCGAGCACUGUUUUGCUUAGUUUUGCUGAUGUAGUUGGCAUAGAUAUUUACAAAUUCUUUAUUGGAACCUACAAUAUAUAACAAACAGUGCCUGACUUAUUUCGGUGAUACAGAAAAGUUAUCAAAAUAAGUAACAUGGCCUCGCAUUUGAGUACAAAAGACCGUCUACUAGCAUUAAUAGACGAUAUCGAACUCAUAUCAAAAGAAAUGAUAGAAGUAUCUAUAGCACCAAAACCACAGAAGCUAUCGGCAGCCGAUCAUGCAAGCCUUACAGAAUUGUUACUUUCUAAAGAUACUGAAUUGAAGAAAACUUUGGAAUUAGCUGACGAACAAGCCAAGAUACAACAAAAAAUGAAUGAUCUCAAAGCUGAAGUUGAAAACAAGGACCAAGAUAUCUUCCAUUUACAAAGACAACUGAAAGAUGCAGAACAAAUCCUGGCUACAUCACUAUAUCAAGCUAGACAGAAACUGGCAUCAAUUGUCAAAUCAAGAAAAAGACCAGUACCAUCUGAAGAACUUAUAAAGUUUGCUCACAGAAUCAGUGCCUCGAAUGCUGUAAGUGCACCUCUUUCAUGGCAGCCAGGAGACCCACGCAGACCGUACCCAACUGACUUAGAGAUGCGAUUAGGAAUGCUCGGCCGGCUCUGUGACCUGCCACUUAAUGGUCAUACACCAUCUACAUUGAAUGAACUACACAGAAUGACCACAGGUGGAGUAGUGCCUGCUUCAGCUACUAACCAGUUUACCUGGCACCCAACUGGUGAGCUUCACAUGUCGGUCGGCGGCGGAAACUCGGUCGCCAUUGACGGCCGUGGUAAGGACGCGCCGAACCAAGAAGACGUUGAAGUCAUGUCCACAGAUUCCAGUUCAAGUUCAAGCAGUGAUUCCCAAUGAAUAAGAAAAUAAAUUGUUUAAUAAAUAUUAAACAAUUGAAGUUUAUAAAUUGAAUAUUCAAUACAGUUUAUGUGGCAGAAUGAAGGACGAUUUUCGUUUAACUGUGCAGUGCACAACAAGACUGUUGAUGUAUGAGUGAUUUAGAUGUAAUUUACUGAAUAAAGAAGUUUCAAAACUUACUACUCUAAAAAA